AUGUACUACAUUACGCUUUUCAAGCAAUGCUCCGACUGGAUCGAAGAAGAUGUAGAGUUGGUGAUACACUACUUGAAUGCUCAUUACGAUGCGUCGAUCGCCUUCGAGCGGUCCCGGAAAGGCAGAGACUAUCUGGCAAGACGGCAACUCGAACUGGGUGACCUGAAGUUAGAUGCGCAAGACGUCAAGGUGAAUCAUCAAUUCCGGGUUGUAAACAAGAUU